CAAACAAACAAGCACAAUAACAGAAAACGAACCACCCCGGUCUUCUCUCUCUUUCCCAAGAUUCAUUCAUUCAAUCAUCAAACCAAAAACCACAUCACAGAGAGAAAGAGAGAGAGAGAGAAGUGGGUGUGUUUGUUAUAUAAUCAUAGAAUGGAGAAGACUUCGGAGGUGGAAGGUACGGUGAGGAACAUUCUAGAAGAAGAGACACUGAAGUGGGUGUUCGUGGGAGGAAAAGGGGGAGUUGGAAAAACAACAUGCAGCUCCAUCAUCUCCGUGCUCCUCUCCCAAGUCAGAUCCUCCGUUCUCAUCAUCUCAACCGACCCUGCUCACAAUCUCAGCGAUGCUUUCCAGCAGAAGUUCACUCACACCCCUAUUCUUGUCAACGGUUUCACCAAUCUCUAUGCCAUGGAGGUGGAUCCUGUGGCUGAACAAGAGAACCCCUCAGGCUCUGAUGGGAUGGAAAAAUGGUUCUCAGAGUUAGCUGGUGCAAUUCCUGGAAUCGAUGAGGCCAUGAGCUUCGCGGAGAUGCUAAAAUUGGUGCAGACACUGGAUUAUUCUGUAAUAGUAUUUGAUACUGCUCCCACUGGCCAUACACUCAGACUAUUGCAAUUCCCAUCUGUUUUAGAGAAGGGCCUUGCAAAAAUGAUGUCUUUGAAAAGCAAAUUUGGUGGAUUGCUUAAUCAGAUGACUCGUAUGUUUGGUAUGGGUGAUGAUUUUGGUGAUGAUGCAAUUCUUGGGAGGCUUGAAGGCAUGAAGGAUGUAAUUGAACAAGUUAACCAGCAAUUCAAAGAUCCGGACAUGACAACUUUCGUGUGUGUUUGCAUUCCGGAAUUCCUCUCACUUUAUGAAACGGAGAGAUUGGUUCAACAACUUGCAAAGUUCGAGAUAGACACACACAAUAUCAUUAUUAAUCAAGUAAUCCAUGACGAAGAAGAUGUUGAAUCCAAGUUACUUCAAGCAAGAAUGAAAAUGCAACAGAAAUAUCUGAAUCAAUUUUAUGAAUUGUAUGAUGACUUUCACAUCACCAAGUUGCCAUUACUCCCAGAAGAGGUUACUGGGGUUGAAGCUCUGAAAGCAUUUUCAAAACAUUUUAAGACACCGUAUCAACCACCAUGUAGUACAGACCCAGAGGAGCGGUUAGAGCGCAGGGUAUUGGGACUAAAACAGCAGCUAAGCGAGGCGGAAGAACAGUUGGCCAUAAUCAGAAAGGAGAAGGCUUGAUGGAUCUUCCAUUAAUGAAUAAUAGGCAUUUUUGGUCCACAUUCUUUUUAUUCAUUCUAUUUAUUUUAUUUAAUGUUACAACUUAGAAGUAGCUUUCUCAUGUAAACAACAAAGAGAAAAAGAAAA